ACAAGUAGGAAGAGUCAGUUUAAAAAUACCUCACGCCUCCGAGAUGCUAAAGCCUGUAGUACGCAACUCUGUAAUUCACAUGGAUUUCUAGAUACAACGAGAGGAGUAUUAUUUGCACAAGAAGCGAGGCGAUACGCUAUCGCUGAAACCGAAAGGAAAAAAAAAGGCGAUGAUCUUCGAGGGAGGAGGAGCUGGCGGCAAGAGAGGAGGAGGGAGUUGUUCGUGGCAAUGUUCUCUUUUCGUAUGGCAAGGCCGAUUCAGUCUCAUCGUGACUUUCGCGUGCGUGGCAGCGCCCACUCGUUUUCUCAUUGUCAUCCUUCAAUCGUGUGUAGCGCACGUAUGCGUGCCUCAGAAGCGUUCAGCGAUCGUUUUUUUCUGCCAUCUUCAACGCCAGAAUGUUGAUCCCAAGGGGAAGCUGACGCCGUUUCUCUGAGGAAAUAUUGUACCGUUACGCGCCAUCACGUCGGAUUUGUUUCACUUGAGAGAAUCAAAGAGAGAAGAAUCCAGAGACCUUGCGAUGGGUUCCGGAUAUUUAAAGCGUGCAAAUACUGAACGCCUCCAUGAAAUAUUUAAUCAGUACGCUUCAAGAGAGAAGAAUGGCGAGAGGUUCAUGACCCCGUCUGACUUCGUCCGAAGUUACCUUGGACUCUACACCAACCCAGACUACAAUCCUGACUCCGUUAAUCUGCUCGCUGGUAUCGUCGAUACCAGUAAAGAUGGACUCAUAUCAUUCGCUGAAUUCCAAGCGUUCGAGGGGCUGCUCUGCGUGCCGGAUGCACUGUACAAGACAGCCUUCCAGCUGUUCGAUACUAAUGGAAACGGAAUGGUUGCAUUUGACGAGUUCGCUGAGGUGAUGAAGAAGACGGAACUCCAUCAGCGGAUGCCUUUCAAUAUGGACAGUAGUUUCAUUAAACUUUAUUUCGGAAAGGAUAAGAGACGGUUGAUCAACUAUCCGGAGUUCAGUCAGUUCUUGCAUGAUUUCCACGAAGAGUACGCGACAGAGGCAUUCAAGAAAUUUGAUAAGGACGGCCAGGGUUUCAUUUCGGCGUUAGACUUCCAGGAUAUCAUGCUCAGUAUCAAAAGUCACUUGCUGACCAAAGAUGUGAGGGACAACCUAGUUGCCGCGGCCAGCACAGGGCAGGGUGGACGGAAAGUCAGCUUUCCAUAUUUCAUGGCGUUCAACUCCCUCUUGAAUAAUAUGGAGCUCAUUAAACGUAUUUACCUUAACGCGACCAACGGCCACAGAUAUGAAGAAGUUACUAAAGAGAGGUUCCUUCAUUCCGCACAAAUGAUGUCGCAGAUCACGCCACUGGAGGUGGACAUUCUCUUUCAACUGUGCGACCUCCUACAUCAAACUGGAUCUACGGAAGAUGACGAGGCAGAUUCGCGGCUUGGGAAGAUAGUGUACAGUGAUCUCGUGGCUAUUACACCCGAGCAGUAUUUCAAGCAGAUCACCAAACGUUUAGCCGAGAUCAAGGCGGUGUCGAGUCCUGACGAGCGUGGCGUGAUCGUGCAGAUACUCGAGAGCGGAUACCGUUUUGUACUGGGAUCCAUCGGUGGUGCUGUCGGCGCUACAGCCGUCUACCCCAUCGACUUGGUGAAGACGAGGAUGCAGAACCAGAGAACCGGCUCAUUGGUUGGGGAGCUGAUGUAUCGAAACAGCUUUGACUGCCUCCAAAAGGUGAUCCGGCAUGAAGGCUUCUUCGGCCUUUACCGAGGCCUGGUUCCUCAAUUGAUGGGCGUAGCACCGGAGAAGGCCAUCAAGCUGACCGUCAACGAUUUCGUCAGAGAUAAGUUCAUGGAUAAAAACAGCAAUCUGCCCCUUUACGGGGAGAUUAUAGCCGGCGGCUGUGCUGGAGCCUCUCAGGUAAUAUUUACGAAUCCACUGGAAAUUGUCAAGAUCCGGUUGCAAGUUGCCGGAGAGAUAGCAGGUGGAAGUAAAGUGAGAGCUUGGACCGUUGUAAAAGAGUUAGGCCUCUUCGGUUUGUACAAAGGUGCAAGAGCUUGUUUCUUAAGGGAUAUCCCUUUCAGCGCAAUUUACUUCCCAAUGUACGCUCACACAAAGACACGGUUGGCGGACGAAGGAGGUUACAAUACUCCGUUGUCGUUGCUGGUAUCUGGUGCGAUUGCCGGUGUUCCUGCAGCAGCGCUGGUCACUCCUGCAGACGUGAUAAAGACCAGAUUACAAGUUGUAGCUAGACGAGGUCAAACAACGUACAGUGGAUUAUUAGAUUGUGCGAAGAAAAUUUACAAGGAGGAAGGCGUGAGGGCGUUCUGGAAAGGAGCUACAGGACCUGGCGUCUUACUUCUAACACGAGUAUUCAGAUCAUCGCCUCAAUUCGGGGUCACCCUCUUCACCUAUGAACUUUUGCAAAGGCUCUUCGUAGUUGAUUUUGGAGGAUCCCGACCUACGGGAUCGGAGCAAAAGGUGCCUGCAACAGGGGUGGCACAAGAGAUCCGAUCGACGAAUCCAGACCACAUAGGAGGGUAUCAAAUUGCCCUUCCGAUCUUCACUGGAAUUGAGACGAAAUUUGGCCUCUGCCUACCCAGGUUCCAAGCGACCAGCCCUCAAAAAAUUCCGUAUCAUGUCGUUCAAGACUCAGAUUGAGAGGAACUAAGUGAAACGAGCUCUACGAGAACCCAAGGAUCGGAUAAAACGAGAACCCGUCGUCGAUCGACCUGGCGAAUUGCGCUUCUAAAUCUAGACCUGGACUAAAGAAAGGAACACCAUAUAAAAGGACGUAGGAUCUUAACUUAACGGCAAAGUGACGCGGAUGUUGAACGCAAGAUAGAACGAGAAGGAAGAACAACGGAUAUUCUUCCAAAUUUAUUUAUGUUUGUUUAACUACGCAUACGAGAGUAAAGGAAAGGUGUUUAGAAAUACAUAGUGAAGGCUAAUCGGAGAUUCGUUAGGUCUCUAAGUUCGGUUAACGUGUACUUGGGAAUCAUUGAAAUGAUGAGAGAGCAGCGUCAACGCGCACAAUCUCGUCGGUGAUAGUCUGUUCAAUCACCAAAAUCAAGAUAAGCCGUGGGAGAAUAUCAUACACAGGGUUUAGACAAGUUUAAACACGGACGGUUUAGCCUAAGACGUUGUUAAAACGAGUGCGGUCUCUUCACGCAAGCGCGAGGCUCGAAUGGAUUUAGCGAUGCGAAGAAGCAGAGGAAGUUAUAUCUUCUUUGUCUACACUUUCUUUAGUCUACAGUUUCGUACUUUCCACGUUUUCACCCUUUGCACUCGAUUAUGAAUAAGAGAUAAUUCGUCAAAUUACACAGGCUUGCAUUGCUUUCACAUGAUCUUUCCGAGAAUGAAAACGAAGGAACUGAUUGUUGCGCUCGCGGAAAUUGCGCGAAGGGUGAAAUCACGCGUCCCGACAUGUUCAGUAUCCGCCUUUUUCAGCGAGAGAAACCCUUCGGUUUGCGCUUCAAACCUUGCUUUAGCGCCGCUAUAUUAUUUUUUCUACUUUUUAUAUCGUGGAUCGAAGACGUAUGUACUUGUUUGUACACGGUUCCGCGUGCCCCGGAGAGUUCACGCUAUUUUUGUAGAGUUCUAUUCGAUUGUAGCGGAGGCAGAGACACCACGAAAGGGUUUCCGUUUUCCCUGCGAACGCCGACAAGUUUCAAAAUCGCUUUACCGUUUCUCUCGAUCCCUUUAGAGCUCUUUACAGAGCGCCAGGAGGGCUGCACGACUAGUUGAUCUCUAUUUUAUCGGUCGAACGUAUGCAGAGUCUGUGUCACGCUGUGUCGCCUGUUUUGUUUUUCUACUCUUCUUCUAGUCGCAACUGCCAUUCGUUUUCUUUUUUUGUUUUUUUUUUCAAGUGUACGAUGAAACAACGUUACGUAAUAGUUAUCGAGUCGAUAAUUGCAACCUUCGACGAGGAAGUUUCACUUUAAUAAUAUUACUGUUAAUUAUUCUGUUCGUUCUAUCGCACAGCGAGGUCAAGAGUCUACGCCGUUAUGCGUUUCUUUCUUUUUACCGAGAACUAGUGGAAAAUAUCCUGACAUGUUCUUAUGUAUCGUACGAGACUCCAACACCGUCAGGGAUCACGUCGUAUUUUGUCCUGUCCAAGAUAAUACUCUGACAGGUGCCAAGAUUCUCGUGUGAUAUCAAAGACCGUUCUAGAAUAAUGUUUCUUCUCGCGAGACGUUCUCGUCUGCUUUGCGAAGCGAUUCGACGCGGCCUCCAACGCGUUUACUGUGUUACCUAUCGGAGAUAAAUCGAGUUCUAUAUGUAAGUAAGGAUCUAUCGAGGAGCGUUUUAAAACGACAAACGGAGGACUGGCUCCUUCGUCCGUAGUUACGUUCGAGGACCUCGAGCUAUUUUAUAUCGCAGGCGCGCGGAACGAGAAAACUGUGUGAAUUAUUCAGUUGAUCGUCCAAAAUAUCAAAGUAAGCUUAACGUGUUUCAACAAAAGGAAAUACAUUCUUUUUUUUUUUUUUUUCAUUUCUUUCACGCAAAUAUCAACGGCGUCUUUGGUAAUUUCGGACGAUCGGAUCGACCAAUAUAUCGCGUUGAUUUUUCGUCGAAAGGAAACCGAGAAAAAACGCUCCUUCCCGCAGUUCGAUACAUAUUGUUUUAACGAUACAUGUCGGCUCGUACUUGCUGCAGAGGAAAUCAAGUCACUUGGGACGAGCUUUCGACGCUUUUGAUCGAACAUUCCGAAGUGUGCGGGCACAGAUUCGCGAAAGUAAUAUUUAUACCAUGCUUUUCAAGAUCGUCUGAACUGUCAUAUCAUCGUAUUUCGAUACAUAUAUAUAUACACAUACAUACAUACAUAUAUAUUCGGAAAUUCUAUAAAUAUUAUUUUCAAUCGUUUUGUCGGGAGAAGAAAUUUUCGAAAUAUUCUAGUUUACGUAAAUUUGCCAUUCGUCGCUUUUUUUUUUGUGAGAUUUAUUUACGAUUGGAAUUGAUUCAGGCGACAUUCAUCAGCGAAAUGCGACUUAAUUAAGUAGUUUUCACAGUAUCGGCUAUAUUGCGUAUUCCUUUUCAUGUUCAUGUCGUUGGUCGAAAUCUCGGGCCAAUUCCUACAAAAGCGAAGAUGAAGGAAAGUUUGUCGGACCUCGAUAUAAUACUUUAAGUCGAGUUUUUUUUUCCUUCACACAGUUUCUUCUUUUUCUUUCUUUUUUUGUCUGCGAAUUCUUUUUUACAAAGUUUCUUCGGUUUCUACAAGUGGGACAGAGAACAGCUGUUCAAAUAGCAAAUGGUUUGCAAAGCGUGUUUACUUUCUCCCGGCGCAGCUUCACGGUAAACAUAGUCUUCCUUUAAAACGGUAGCGUGUAAAUUAAGUUCUGGAGUUCAACAUUAGCCUAUAUUUAUCUUAAAUACCGAAUCUACUUACGUACCUAAUCUUAACUAUCUAUAUCUAACAUAGUGUUGACCAAUUUAAACUCCAGAACUUACGUCGUAGCCUUGGUCAUCUUGAAAGUGUUAUACUGGAGGGUCCAUGGACGUCCCAGUAGUGAGGUGGUUAUUAAUUGUUAAAAGCGUCAAAGUAUUAUCUUGCGAGCUGACAAGUUGUCAAUAUCAGAUUCAAGUGAUCGAUAUAUUUUAAUAACACUGAACCAAGCGACAGAAAAUCAUGGAACGAAGGGAGAAAAGACGCACGCUGUCUUCUUGACUAGAAAAAAGAAGAAAAAAAAAAGAGAAAUGUAUUUGUACUUUGAUGUACCCCUUGAUCGAUGAAAUUGGAUCGUGUACAUGAAAGGUGACAUGAAUGUAAAGAUAUCGUUUAGGGCAACUAAAACGCGGAAAUGAAUCGCUUUCUGGCCCGAAAUAUCAACUCGACUAUCCUAAUUCAUAGUUCGAUGUAUAUACAUAUGUUGCAUAUGUAAUAUAAUUAGCCGAUGUACAUAUGUACGUGUUGUGCACGUGGCACGCACAAUUUGCAAAUGCGAAUACUGGAAUGCAAUUCAGUUACGCUCGACUCGACUAAUCUACGGUCGGUAAAAAGGAAAAUAAAAAAAUAUGCGGUCGGUAACAAGCUUAGCUGAUAAAUGAUUGACGAUCGAUAACAAAUUUUCGCUUGAUAAAUGAAAAGUUAAAGAGGAUCAGCUUGAUGUUCCAAGUGCCAAACAAAUAUUUUUAAAGCUACAACGUAUUCGUUUUGUGGCACUUUGCGGAUUAUUUCAUUGGCUAGUGAUCUUCGAGUCGAAAUGGAUGGCUGUAGGAAAGUAUUCGCAGGUGUUCGGGAGUAUACAAAAUAAUAAUAAUAUUAAUAAUAAUAAUUAUAAAGUUCAGGAAUCCGUCGUGUGCAUUCGCAGCUCAAUACACUUUGGUUUUUAUACUGUCACACCGUCGAAACAAUUUUUCUCGAUAUUUCUGCACUAAUCUCUAAUCAUCGUUCUUAGUACAAUUUUAUCCCUUUAUUAUCGUUGUCGUCACAAUUUGUAAUGUUGCUAUGAAUAUUUGUCAAGUUUAAGGAAAACCAAGAAACAUUCAUUGUCACACAUACACACGCAAUACACAUGCAUAAAUACGCAGCGGAUAUGAUUAUCAAGCUUGUGAUAGAGGAAAGAAAAGAACAGGUGGAAUCAGACACGUGGUUCAAAGGAAUUGAAAAAUUUCUGCUCUUCAUAAAAAGCAUCCUAAACAAGUAAAUAAAAUUCCAUUUCUUUUUCUUUUUUUUUGUUUUACUUCACAUUUUAUUUUUCAAGCCACAUUGCCACAUCGAAAUUUUUCCGUUUCAUUUUAGAUGUUGAAAUCCAGGGUUUCUUCAACCGGCCUAAAACGCGAAGACGGUUUGCUUUUGUUCACAGUGCGUUUCUGAUGAGCACCUGUUCUUAGUUUCCGUCGGUACGAUUCACGUUCUUUUCCAACGGAGAUCGAAGUGUGAAAUCGCGCCGGCAAGAGGCACAGACGGUCCAAUGGUUGUUAAAAUAAAUAUGAUAAAAUAUUGAAUCAACGAUGGAUAUCGAAAUUAAGCAGUAAACGAAAGGUUUGAUGUUUCGAUCUCUGUUCGCAGGCUUCGAUAUUUCACCUGUUACGACCACUCGUUAGCGGGAGACCUAACAAUACAAAAAAAAGUAGCUACGCGAUUGCACAAAAGAUAUAAUACCAAGAGGGGGAAUUAAAUAAGUGAAUUAGGAUUAAAACGAACUAAUGAAAUUAAACGAAGAAUUAUCAAGUAUAUUAUUCAAGUGAAACAGACACAAAUAAUUAAACUCGCUUCCAUGAUCGACCGUCUCAUAUCUCAUAUUCGGCGCACAGUCGAAUCGUGUAAUGAUGAAGAAAAAAGGAAAAAGAAAAAAAUAAGA